AUGAAUUGCAAAUUCUUUGGUGCUUUGACGUACACCGUGAAUCUCAACUUUCAUACAGCGUCAUUGGUGAAUGAUCAAGACUCGGUGCGUCUUCUGGAAAUUCGAGCUACUUUGAUCGAUCAUUUGAUCAGUUUGAUUUCUGACGAAAGCGUACUCCGAACAGGUUUGUUUGUAAUCAAAAAAAUGUUCUCAAACCUAUCUCUUCUAUUCCUGAACAGCAAUGGCACCUGGGAGAAUCCACUGUUAACGUUCAUCAGUUCUGUCGCGGCCAACAGAGCUACUGAAUCAACAAUUUCUCUGGAAGAACUUGAUUCAUUACUGAUCUCAAUGCCGUGGCAAAACAUCUGGAUCUUUACUAUUUUUUCUCAGAUCAUCGCAGAGGACUUGGUGAAGAAAGAAACAACAAGUCUAUCGAACGUCCAGACACAUAACUUAGUCCACAGACACUUGUUCCCCACCACAGAAAAAUUAAUGGUUGUUUCUUCAAAAACUUCAGGAGACCACAAGCUGGUCGUUGCAUGGCUUGAGUGCUUGAGCGCGUGGGCAAACUACGCAUCAAAGGCCGAGUUUGAUUCGACCGAGCGCUACAACAUGGCAAACUUACUUUCAAUCUGCAUAUCAUUGAUCACUAACUCAGACUUUUCGAUUACAGAAAAAGCGAUCGAGACUUUAAGCGAGAUUCUCGAGAUAAACCCUACAUUUUUCAACUCCAACUUGAAAUCCGAGUUACAAUCCUUACUAUUUGGAAACGUCGGAGUGCAAUAUGUUUCCUACUUUAGCUCCCAGAAUGAUGAAAAAAGCGUGUGCGAUUUUGCGCGAUUGAUUAUUGCAUUCUUGGACUCUGAUCUUAGCGGUUUGGUGUUGAAGCUCAAUGAUGAUAAAUAUUCGCAUGUGUUUGAUUUUUUGGUUGGACUCACAGAUUUUCCAGGUGUUGCUAUUGACGAAGAGAAUGUUUCUAAAGAAUUUGCUGAUUUCUGGCUUCGUUUUGCCGACUAUUGCCUUGUCGAAGAUACCACGUUACAAGCAUUAAUGGAAAAGGAUCCGGCCUCUUAUGAGAUUCUGAACGACAAAGUGAAGAUGCUGUUCAACAAAAUCACCCAAAUUUACUGGAAGAAAGCACAUGUUCCAGAAGAUGUGGCCCACUUUAAGCAGGAAUUUGCACUAUAUCGCCGCGACAUUGGUGAUCUGUUCGAAUCGGUUUAUCCAUUGAUUAAAUUACCUCUGGUUGUUAAUCUUUUAUCAACCGUUCAUUCCAGUUUGCAGACCGGAGACCUUGAUAGUAUAGAGCCGUCCCUGUUUUUGGCCAACUAUAUAUCUAAGGAUUUUGGUGAAGAAGGCGCGGAUUCCCAGUUGAUUGACCUUGUGAGCUUGAUUUUGGACGCAAGCUUGCUCCCUACGGUAUUACAAUCCAAGUCCAACGAGUUCAAGUAUCUGAUCAACUCGACUAUCCAAUUCUUUUCCACCGCCGACUGGUUCUACAAAACUCAAAAGGGGUCCACAUACCUCCCACAGAUUCUGGGCUUCCUUUUCGAUUGCAUGAUUAAUUCGAACGUUUACCAAUUGACAAGCUCGAAAGCAAUCGCUGAUAUCUGCAAUGAGUGUCGGUUCUCCCUUGUCGAGUUUCUACCCAGCUUUGAAACCAUCAUCAGUGAGAUGAUCAGCAAUAUUUCUGUGGACUCACUUGUCAGACAACGGAUUAUCAACUCCUAUGCAUCGAUUAUCCAAGGUGUGAAGAAUCCUGUCAUACAAGGUGAGAACCUUAAAAAACUCUUCGACCUGUUGGAUUCCAAGUCGAUGCUCAUUAUUCCAAAGCUUGAUGCCGCAAACGCAGAAGAGCGUGAAGUGUAUGUUGACUAUCUAACCAGCUUGAUUAGCUGCGUCAGUGCUGUCGGAAAGGGAAUGCAGCUCCCAGAAGAGGUGGACGGAUAUUAUACUGAGGAGCAGGAAGCCGCUGUUCGUGAAUACUGGGACGCUGACCCAUUGGCACUUCACGACAAGCUUCUCACUAUUGUGCGCAAUUUCAACAUGACCAACCAAAUUCUUUCUGACAACUACUCGAUUCUGGAAGAAACGGUCAACUUGUUCAAGUAUGGACUCACAGAAACAAUUUCAGGGCCAUUUGUGAUCGACUACACCACGAUUCUGCAAUUCAUUGUCACCAAGUCCAACACUCUUCAGAAACCAAACGCAUUGCCACUACUGUUCUCGCUACUUGGCUCAAUCAUUGUUGCACAUUACCGGACCAUUGAUCGCGAAUUACUCAAUAGUACGAUCGACACCAUAUUCACAUCCAAGAUGGCCAUUGUGGAGGACGAUCCUGAUCUUGUGCAGUCAAGUUUGAAUCUGUUUGGCUCAAUGUUGACAGUCCAGCCAUCACUGUUAAUUGGUAACGAACCCUUACUGACGAUCCUGUUGCAGUUCGGCGUCAGACACUUGCAGUCCAAUGAAAGGUUUGUGUUGAAAGCAAUUGAGAAGUUUUGGACCAGAAUCAUAACUCUGCGGAAAGGAGACCGGCAAGACACUAUGGCAAUGAGACGGAUCUUCAACGAAACGGAGCUGGGCUACGUUCUGACGUUCAACGUUCUCAAGUACAUGUUUGCUACACAACGGUCGAAUCUGGAGACUUUUAUUGAGAUCAUUAAACAACUCGUUGCAAAGUAUCCUUUGAUGAUGAGCAAGUGGCUGAACGACUCGUUUCCAAAGCUGAACCAGGAAAGAGCCAAAAAAAUUGACAAUUGGGAGAUCUUCGUCAAGAAGAUUCUGCUCACCAGGGGAACGCGCGAAUAUACACUAAUCUGGAAGAAAGAGGAGUCGUCAAGGUUACAAAGCGUAGCCACUAAGAACUUCCACCAGCGCGUCACACUCGGCAAGGAAGUCCACUUUGGCGAUCUUGGCCACAGAGAACCGUGCUCUGUCCUGGCCCUGGUAGCUGUCAACUUUUCCACGGAUUCUGAGCAACACCUCCUUGAAAGAGACGUUUUCGUUGAUGAAAGUUUUCAGCGCGUUCUCGCCAACACUCUCGAUGCUUGGGUCCUCAGCGUCGUUCUUGAGUUUCAAAAACUCCAGAGCAGAAAGUCCAAGCAGCUGGUUGGCCUGUUCGUCGAAGAGCGUCAGCCACAUCUGGCCUGUUUCGUCUACCACAGACACCGUCAAAAUGUAUCUAUAGUUAGGCUCUGCGUGGUUGAUGUUGCACUUCUCGCAUCUCCAGGUACCAUUAUCUUGCUCGAGCAACUUCUUGUUGCAGCCAUCGUUCGGACAGGCUGGGUAGCAGAAGUUGUCUGUCUUAAUAAACGAGAUGGUGGCCUUGAUGUUGAAAAAGUCCGGUUUGUCCUUCAUUCCCAGUCUCUCGUCCUGGGCCUGUUUGAUAGUCUUGCGGUCCAGGAUGGACUGUCUGGAGUUGAGCUCAUUGUUGGAGCCAGAACCAGAGUCGGCAGUGAUGGUCUUGAAGGACUGGUUGGCGCCCUGUGCGUCGUACCAUCCUUUGACCUUGUAAGCUUCUUCAAUGUCUGGGUUCACAACGAUGGUAGCAGCUGGAAUCAGCGACAAACUCUUUCCGCCGAAAUCCUGCACUCUGGCACCUUUGAAUGCCACCACGGAGCCAACAGAAACGUUGAACUCACGCGCGUGCUUGUUCCAAAGACCAACGUUCACGGCAAAUCCAGUCUUGUCCACCAAAACAACGUCUCUUCUGUCGAACGGCUUACCGGUCGACUUGGCAACAAUCUCCUGUUUCUCCUUCACGUCUUUCAAGACACCAAUGACGUCGAUCACGGCGCCAGUCUCCAAGCUCUGGACCUUGUCGAGAGAAGUAAAGUCAAAGUUCAGCUUUGGAACGUCGGAAUCGUCCUCGCACGGCUCCACCAUAGUAUCUUUAUCGAACUGCAGCUCGUACUGGUGUUUGAGGUUCGAGAAUUGAGGCUUUGCCAUCUGCAUCGACGCCUUACUGAUGUAGAAAACCUUGUUCUCCUCCAAAAUGUCCCAGAACUUGUCUGCAACCUGGUUGAAAGCAGUGGCUCUGAUCUCUCCGGUCUCGUCCAACAGGUUCACGUUGAACAGCUUUCCGUCUCCUCUCUGGUUGGACCAGUGCUUCAUGUCGCCCUUAAAAGAAACUCUGGCCUUGAUGGUCCACGAGUUCUGGAAGAGUGGCCGCAGGAGACGGAGUCAUCGUAUUGUCUCUGGCCUGAGCCUGGCCCUUGA